AUGCAAUUUCCGCGGUUUCCCAAACCAACAUGCUCAACCGCUACGACGCUAUUGUCGAUGCUUUUAGUCGAUCUUGCUCAAGGACGAGCUCCCACAGCAGGCAACAAUACCCAAGGUCUCACUGGGUUCCAGCCAUGUGACGCUCUCAUUGCCGCCAAUCUAUCUCACGCUGUGCAUCUCCCGUCCUCCUCACUCUACCCAUCCCUCGUCGCGAACGGCUCUUGGGGCAUCGAUACGCGCAAGCAGCCCUACUGCUUCGUCCUCCCGAGCACCGCUGUCGAGGUUUCUGAAACCAUCACCGCUCUUCGAGACGCUGGUGGCGGCGCCGGAGACUGGCAUGUAGCCAUUCGCAGCGGUGGGCACGGGACUGACAACUCGAACAAUAUCGCAACAGGUGUAACAAUCGACUUGACCCAGUUGAAUGCCACGACUUACGACGCGGCAACAAACGUUGCAAGCCUUGGGACCGGCGCACGUUGGCUGUCUGUAUAUGAGGAGCUGGAGAAAGACGGGGUUACCGUAACGGGAGGACGACAGGGUAUAGUGGGUGUGGGCGGACUCUUGCUUGGCGGCGGCAUCUCGUGGUAUACGGCGCGAACGGGGUUUGCCUGUGACAGCGUCGUCAAUUACGAAGUCGUGCUCGCGAGCGGCGAAAUCGUUAACGCGAAUGCGUCGGCCAACUCUGACCUGUGGAGGGCGCUAAAAGGAGGCGGCAGCAAUUUUGGAAUCGUCACCAGGUUCGAUGUUGAAGCAUUUCCGACCAAGAAUCUGUCGCUCGAAACUAGAGUCUUUGCCGAAGAGUACGCCGACGAGAUUGCUGACGCCUUUGCUGGAUUCACGGAUCUGGAUCAGUCAUUCGAGGAUGAUGCGAUGCUUACAGUCUUGAACUACAAUCCGGAGACUGGUAACUCUAGCUUUACAGUCACGCACAUCAACACAAUGAAUGUUGCAAACAGCACAGCAUUCCACGCCUUUAACAGCAUCCCAACGUCGACUCCGGGUACCAAGCUAUCAUUGAGUCUUGUCGAAUCUAGCGGCCUGGGCAAUACGGUGUCUGGGGCUACAUUGAACGCCGCAACUGGAUCUUUGACGAUCGUUAAUGAUCCACGAGUUCUGCGCUAUUGCUUUGAGGAGCAUGCUAGCAUUGUGGAGGACUUGAAGUCCUCCAUUGGGCCCCAAAGCUUCUCCACGAUCUUGGAUGUCCAGCCAUUUCCUUCAUACUUUGCAAACAUUAGCAUAGAAAAGGGAGGAAACAUGCUCGGGCUCGAGCGAGACUCGCGCAACAAGGCUGUUAUUGCAUUGGGUGUGAGCUUGUUGGCUACUGAAAGUAGAGAACAAUAUCCGCUGGUCUUGCAAAAGGUGACGGCCGUCAACGAAAGAAUCGUUGCAUUCGCAAAGUCGAUUGGAAGCAGCCAGGAGUUCGUCUAUCUCCCCUACGCAGACGCAAGGCAGGAUCCAAUCGGGAGCUAUGGCGCAGCCAACGUCGAGCACAUUAGACAGGUUGCGCACAAGUACGACCCAAACGGCUUUUUCCAGCGCAGAGUACCAGGUGGCUUCAAGAUCGCUCGGGUUGAUUGA